AUGGCCGAGACCUCGUUCGACUACGAUUCGUUGCUCGACGAUGGCGACGACUCGUUGUUCCUCUUCCCGACCGACGCCGCGCUCACGAUGCCGUCGUCGUCGGCUCGCAUCACCGCCCGACCCAAGGCCUCGCUCGCUACCCAGGCCCAGUCGAUGCAAAUCGGUCCAGGACCAUCGACAAUACUGCGCAGACCAGACUCGCUGCUCGUCAAGAAGAGGGCACCCGAUGGCGAGCCCGAAAGGAAACGCUUCAAGGCUGGCGUCGUCAAUUCGGCGCCGUCCAACCGUCGCUUGUCAACGGCGAAUGAUGGCCAGGCCACAACGUCGGCGACCACGAAUGGCAACCAUCAAACGACGGUGCUGAACGGCAAGCAGAAACAGUGGGCUCAUCCGAACCCUUUCGUCAACCCCUCGACCUCGGCCUCGAUCUCGUCGACGUCCAAGCCAAGAGGUCGACCCGAAGCCGAGGCCGAGGCCGCUGUCGCCGACGACGAUGACGACAUGCCGACCAUACAAGUCAGAGGGGACGGAGGCUAUUCUGUCGUACCCCAUCCCCCUCCAGCACCACUGAACCUUGAUCCUGGUCCGAGUCAGGGCUCUGGUCCGAGUGCAAACCUCGACCUCAGUGCUCUGCAAAAAUGGGGCCAGACGAGCUCGAUGCCCCCAAAUUAUAUCUCGUCAGAGUCCACGGCCAACAGGGUAGCCGCACCAGCACCAGCAGCAGGUCCGGCAAGGUCAUCCAACAAGGUCUUACUAAAUGACUCUCGAACAUCGCCGAUGCAAGAGGUGCAGACGACGACGCUCUCGCCGGAAGAAAUGGCCGAAUUGGCCCAGCUGAGGAAGGACAAGCUCGAAGUGAGUUUGGAGAAGGACGGGAUAUAGCUGGGUUUCAAUGGGCCAACACUGAUCAACUUGGAACGGUGCACGUGCUGCUGUACGGGUGCGUUCGAUUCGUCACAGCUCCAAAACACCCUGCGCCAGAAGCAGGCGGAAAUCGACCAGGCCAAGUUCGCCGUACAGUCGAGACUAGGCGAGAUCUCGGUGGUACGGGCGCGAUUGCAACGAGUAAGCAAGCCGGCCGACCUAAAAUCCACCACGUUACUGGGAGGCGAUCGGAGCAAGUACUGACGCUGAUUAUUCAUCGCCUUCCCUAGGCCGAAAGUGCUCAUGCGGCGGUGGCCUUGCAAGAAAAGCAGCUCCGGACCUCGAUGAAUGAAAAGAUGGAGGCCAAGGAAAAGGAGCACCGGGCCAUGAUCGAGCGGCUACGCGUCGAGCAAGCCUUUUCGGUAAGAGCUUUGUACUGCCCUGUUUUCAUUCAUCGCCGUCUUUGGAGAACGCACAACGCUGACAUCCGUUCUAUUGCAGAGGCAAGAACAAGAGACGUCGAGACGGAUGGGUUCCUCGCAGAGACCUGGGGCGUCGCAAAGACGAGGGUCGAUGCCGCCGCCACCUUUGCCCUUCGCCUCUAGCCCUUCGCUCAAUCGAAGUCGAGGAGGUUAGUCUGUGCCACCUUUCUGGACUCGAACAAGAAUCACGCUCGUUGAUUACUCCGGGUCCCGAAUAUAUGAUACCAGGUCCACACGCACCCAAGCCAGCGCCGACUCCGCGAAAGCAAUUCAGCGGCUUCCACAACUCGUUCGAGGGCUCCCCCGCGCCACUCGUACCGCCUUCGACGGACCGCUCGGCCCGGUUCGAUUUUGGUCGCUUCCCGCUCAUGUCGAGUCCCGCGCGAGGAAGAAGUGACAAGGGCAAGAGUCGCAUGUUGGUCGAGGACGAGGACGACAGCAUGGCGCUGGACGGGGAGGACAGCCGGUUCGAGAGCCGGUUCGAGGCCGAAGCCGAAGAAUUGGAGGCGGCCGAACCGCAGUUGGACGAAGACCCCUUGGUUACGAACGAUGAACGAGAUUGGAGAUCAGAGGUACGUAGCCUCUUGGCCCCCGUCGUUUCCGUGCUCCUGCUCCUGCUCCUGCUCAUACCCAGUGCCCCGUCGCCAACACGUGCACUCCGCCCCACAGAUCAUCUCGGCGCUAUUCAACCACGUCACGUACGACCGCUUUGAUCAGGAAUCGGCGAUGGCUCCUCCAGGCUCGACGGCGACGCAGCGCUUCUCCACCUCGACACUGUCCGCCAGAGGGCCUAUGGCCACAUCCCACGGCUCGACACUGCGCCGCAGCACGGCGGCCGCGUCCAUAGGUGCGACCCCCGACCGCGUCGUCGCCCCGACGAACCCGGUACCGACGCUGCACGAGAUAACCAUCAUCCGCUUCCCUUCCACCCUCGACCCGAGCCUAUCGCUGGCCUACGACGACCGAUGUCGGGAACUGUUUGGCCUCUUGGGGCGACGGGCGGACCCAUUGGUCGACCCGUCCGAGGAUGCGACCCAACAACUCGCCGACGGCAUUGUCGCCGUGUUUGACGGCCUCCUCGAUCUGCUCGAUCGGGCGGGACUCGUUGGCCCGUUGAUCAACCUCCUGUCCCUCAUCGGUCAUCUCGUGCUCCUGUUCCAACAAUUUGCCAACAGCUACCUCCGGGAGGCCCACACCCCGGGAGCUCGCUCACGCCACGUCGGGGACGACGCCGCUUCGGACCUGCUGUCCAAAGUUGGGUCCUUUCUGCGUCGGUACGGACGACCUCUGCCACCGUCCCGCGGCACCACCGACUCGCACUCAUCUCGCUCGAGGGCCAAAGAGAGGUCAAAGCGCGUACGAGGAAUCGCGAUGCGGGCGAACGGAACCUCGAACGCCCUCGCAACCCUGCAGGAUGACGACCGCGUCGAACUUGACGCCACCCGACGCAACGCGCUGCUCUUUGCCAUCGCCGACUUUGUCGAGGCCCUCGCUUGGAGGGCGUCGGAAGCGGGAGAAGAAAGGUGAGCAACGGGAAAUGACUUUGUACCCCCUUUGAGUAGUCGCGGGCCCCCGCGUGUGAUGACAAAGAUUGACACUUCCGUCGUUCGGACUAUCUUUUAUCACCAGAUUCAUCGACUUGCUCAAGUCCCCGAACGCGAUUAACAUCCUGCUCGACCCUCAUCACCCCCCGGCCUUGCUCCUGAGCACGACCCGGGCGCUCGCUCUCCUCGCGUGCCGGCCCUCCUUGUUCCGGAAGAUCCUCGACGUCAAGUUCGAGGAGACGACGCCGGAUCCUCGUUCGACCCAGGUGCCGAUUCUAGACCGAUUCGGCGCGCUACUGCAACUCAACGGCACACGCGACCCCUUACAACCGGCCUACAAGCUUCACAUGGUCGUUUUGUCUCUCCUCUCGACGCUGUUGACCCGGCACGACGACGUGCUCGUCAUCAUUUCGACUUCGGCGUCGUUGAUCCCCGAGCUGCUCGAUAAACUGUUCAAGGACACGCGUACCUUGUGGGACCACGACGGAAGUGAUCUGAGCGAUACGACCCGCGCUCGACUCAAGAGGUGAGACCAUGACCGCCCAACAGAGUAAAGAGGGGAGAAGGUCUCGCUCGCUAACGAUCGUUUCGAGGGGGUUCCGUCUCUGCAGGAUCGCCGCUCGGCUUUCGGCGACGGUGCACAUCUUCCACUAUUUGACGUGCGCCCUUGGGUCGACGAUCAAGAUUGGCGAAUGGUUCAGCGAAUCGGCCUACUCGGGAUUGCAUGAUCGCUUCAACGUCGCUUUCGGGACGUUGGCAUUUGGGAACUUGCCCGAGUGGGCCGAGGAAACACCGGAGGGGGACGAGCUGAUCCGGCUGAGCUGUAAGCACGUUUGAACAAACCCCGGGGCUUUGCUCUAGCAGUGACUUAAAGAUGUUUAGACCUCUUUACAGUCCUUGCUCAAGAGAUCAUGGAGGACGUGUCACCGGAGGAAGCCGACGAGAUGGAACUAUGCUUUGCAGUUCCCGGCGAGGAAGGGCUCGGCGCUGGAUCGGGGCAAGAAGAAUUAGUCGAGGCUGUGGACGAGGGCGACGAGGAUGAAGAGAUGGUGAUUCGAGACUUAUCACAGCAAGGCGUAUGA